GUGAAUACUCGGCUGUAUGAAUAUUUUUACUGCUUAUUUGGCGUUGGCAGCUUUGGACGCUGCGUUCUUUACAGGAAAUACUAAACUACGACAGAAUGCGAACGACGAAUUUACGACCUAAAAUGUGGUUUGGUAACUCCGUUCACUGCGUAAAUAAUUUAUUCAGAGCAGCUUAUUACCGUGUCUUAAAAGUAACGGUGCUCAGGAACGGCUGUUAUCUGCUGAGUCUCCGCCCCCUUAAACCUAUAACUCUUUUUGAUGCUUGACAUGUACAUUUUUAACACGGCAAGUUUAACAGCUUCAAUAUUGGAAAUAUGAUGGACAGGCCGAUAAUGCAACAAAUAAGCGCUGUUUAACUUCUCAGCCGUCUAUAUAGGUCUACCAAUCGCCUGUGUUUUGUGUGUGCGUGUCUGUGUGUCUGUUGUUGUAAAUGGAGUGAUUGAGCAGGGUAUACUUGUGAAGUUUGUUCUGAAGACAGUGCGACUCUCUAUUCUAUUUUAGCACCGAAUAACAAAAGCAAGAGUUUUCAACACUUAUUGGGAGGGCCAGUACCAGUCUAGGCUGAUUGAGCAUUAGCCAACUCCAGAGGAAGAGGGUGAGAGAGAGAGAAGUACGCCGCUAUUUCGACCCAUAAACCAGACGUUCAGAGAGGGAAAGAGAACUAUGCUGACCGGUGACAGCGAGAAAAUGGAGCAAGUGAGCGCCAGGAUGGAGACCACCCCGGCCUUCGGGACCCCCAGCAUUUCCGUAUCCCAGCAGCAAAUGCCUGUGAAGUUUGCGCCCGUGGUCGCUCCCAAGCCAAAGUUUAAGCCCUACAGGCAGCUGGGAGAUUUGGCCCAUCCAGAUGCUGGAGGUGACUACCCUCUUCCGCCACCAGCGGUGGAUCUGACGAUGGCCUUCCCCCCUCCCCCUGAGGCAGUGCAGGUGAAAGGCCCGGCGAAGACGCUGGAGGAAAGGCGCUCCAGCCUCGACGCGGAGAUCGACUCCCUCACCAGCAUCCUGGCUGACCUGGAAAACAGCUCUCCUUACAAACCCAGAGACCAGCAGAAUUACGGGGGCUCUGCAGCAACCGGUACAAUUUCCUCGACACCGAUCAGCGUGCACAAUCGAAUGGUCAUCCCGUCCCUUCCGCCUCUCUCGGCCACCAAAAAGUCCGGCCCCAAGCCCCAGGCGCCGGCGGCCCCAAGCCCCGUGCCCGUGCCCCAGUUCCAGACGGCGCCUCAGCCCGCGGUGCCCUCCCACGCGGCCGCCCCCGCCCGCGCCCCCCCGGGGCCGCAGCAGAACGUCCAGCGUCCCGCCCCCCAGGGUACCCCCCAGCCAGGCCACGCCCCCGCUCCCCAGGUCAAACAGCCAGCAGCAGUCCACCAGGCUGCCUCUGCUCCGACGGCUCCGCCGAAGGCCCCCGGCAGCGCCCCGGGCCAGCCCGACGAUGAGCUGGACCGCCUGACCAAGAAGCUGAUCCGCGACAUGGACAACCCCCCGGCCGAGGAGUACUACGGUAGCUGUUCCUGCUGUGGAGAGAACGUGGUGGGAGAGGGCAGCGGCUGCACCGCCAUGGAGCAAGUCUUCCACGUGAGCUGCUUCGUCUGCGUGGCCUGCAGCCUGCAGCUGUGCGGGAAGCCCUUCUAUGCCGUGGAGAAGAAGCCGUUCUGCGAGCCCUGCUACAUCAAAACCUUGGAGACGUGCACCGUCUGCGGCGAGCCCGUCAUGGAGCGCAUCCUCCGGGCCACGGACAAGGCCUACCACCCCCACUGCUUCACCUGCGUGGUGUGCCACCGCUGCCUGGACGGCGUGCCCUUCACCGUGGACGCCGCCAACCACAUCCACUGCAUCGAGGACUUCCACAAGAAAUUCGCCCCCCGCUGCUCCGUUUGUAAGGAGCCCAUCAUGCCGGCUCCGGGACAGGAGGAGACGGUGCGCAUCGUGUCGCUGGAUCGGGACUUCCACGUGCAGUGUUACCGCUGCGAGGACUGCAGCUGCCUGCUUUCGGAGGGGGACAGCCAGGGCUGCUACCCCCUGGACGGCCGCGUCCUCUGCAAGACCUGCAACUCCGCCCGCAUCAAGGCCCUCUCCGCCAAAGCCAGCACCGACCUCUGAAGGACCCCGCCCCCCUCGGCCCCUCCCUCUUUCCUCCCGGUGCGCGCGCACUCGCACCUUCGCCUCACGCACCGCACGCGCCAUUUUGGCUCCUCUCACUCGCUGACACACGUCUCCGUCUGAGAGCAGCUGAAUCACUUCACACGGAAGCAGGGCGCUUCUGCAGGGGUCAGCGGUCUCUGCGUUGCUAUGGACUGCAGCACGUGUUCUUUAGCUCUGCAGGAUACUCGGGCACGUAUUUUUAACAUUGAAACGUAUGGCUCCCUACCAUAGAAGCCAGAACAUUCCAAUUGAGGCAUCGUCUGUAAAUUCAUUCAGGUGGCAACCGAUUGUUGAUCUCUGUUGGUUUCAUCAUGCGUGAGAGAGAGGUCACGCCAAAAUUUCUGACCCGCGCUGUUCAUGGCGCGUUUUCACCGAAAAGAGUACCCCUCCGGUACACUUCUCUGUGUUCGCUUCCUUGCUCCAAACACGCUGAGCUUUGGCACCCAACUUCAAGUGCCUUUCAGUAAAGCAAUAAAGGGACCAAGCGCUUUCAUUCGCUGUGCUUGUAAUGCAGUGCAUAUAUUUUGCCUUUUAAUUAUUAGCAUCAUUACCAUUGAUUUUACGAUAGAUAUUGCUAGCUGUAUGUAAGAGUAUAUGUAUGUAAGAAUAUUCUCAGAGUAUAUUCAUUUUAUUGGAAUCACACUCUCCUUAUUGUUUAUGGACGUGGCUAAUGUAUGUAACUGCUUCACGUAUGCACAAUGCAACUGGAAGUUGUCUUCUACCAUUCAUGCCAAUGGUCUCAUCUACUUUAUUGCUUCUUUGCAACUGGCGUUUGGAUGCUUUUGUAUGAACAGAAGUGUUGAUACUGCAGUGUAUAGAGAAUACCAAACAGUGACAUUCGAAAAUGGUUAUCUGUACUCUUCCAUUCUUAAGGAUAUAAUCUCAGACUCAGUCAAAUAGCAGCAAACAUUCUUGUCUAUUCAUAAUACAUUUAAGCAAAGAUAUUUUUUCUCUGUUCUUACACAGAAGCCUCUAUUCAAUCAAUAUUUGUCCUUAACUUAACUCACAAGUAAAUGCUCUCUUUUCUUCACACAGUUUGGCAAAUCUGUGAUUUAAAAAAAAAAUAUUAUUGCUUUUGCUCUGUUAAACAAAAUCAUUGACUGUAGAAAAGAUAUUGACAGGAUGACUGCCUUCACCCACUGACUUUCCAUCAGCAUGGUGAAAAGCAUUUUGAAACCACAAAAGUACAGUUAUCCUGCCACCAUGUUGUACUACUUGAAGCCAGAGACUGAGCAGUGUUUGUUGACCGUAUUGUUGCCGCUGACUUGCAUUGAAACAGGUGGCUGAAAGACCUUUGCUGGAGCUAACCCCACUGCGCUUGAGAGCAACAUCUCUCAACAAGACCAGGAAGUGGGAUUCAAAAACAAAGCCCAGUUUUGGCCACUUGUUCAAAAUUUAAGGACAAAUGUUGAUUGAAACCCAUCUGGAAAUUUCCAUUAAUUUUGCAUAUAUUUACAGCUACAUAUAUUUGCAAGAAUUUAAAAAUGUUGAAGUUUUAUUAAGUUUGUCACUCAAAGUUAAGGACUGAUUAUUUGUGGUGUUCAGACUCUGGUCUAAGCAUCUUUGAAGUUGCACAUAUACAGUACUAGCCUAAACAAUUUUCUUAUAUAUAUCAGUAUGCUUGGAAAUACUAUUAAAGAAAACACUUAAUUAAGGAUUUUAUUAUAUGCAUUCAAUAUAUUAAUAUAUGGGAUAAAUAAUGCUUUAAAUACAAUAUAUGGUUUCUAUUGUAGUGAAUGUGUGUGGCAACAGGUGGUGUGUAUAUUUACCUUUACAAUUUGACACACCUGUGGACUUUAUAAAACCAAGUAAAAAUUUCUAACUAAAAUGAAGUACUAACCAAAGAUGGCACUUGUUUUCAUUUGCAUUUGCUUUAUAGCUAGUGUCCAUAAAGUGUUCCUCCAGAUAUUUUGAAGAACAAGGGUAAUAUGCCCCAUCCAAGGUGAAGGUUCACCUCACUCUGAAUGUAUCUAUGGUGAAUUUGUCCUGGUUAUUCCAGUGGCCUCGGAUCUAAAUGUAGAUGAAAAACACUGAUGUGUCUGUGAUAUCGCAACAUGCUUUUUCAAGACUGAGGUUUUUUUUCUCCUCUUUUUUCUCAUCUGCAAGCCCAUAAUGGGCAUACUCCAAGUUAUACUGUGAGUGUGGCAUAUUAUAGUUAUGGUGGCCAAACAGCAUGCAAGUGAAACCAACUUUUGAAAAAGGCUUUGCACUUGUAACUGAACACAUUAAGACUUCAUUAAUACUGCUGCGCAGAUUGCUUUUUUUGGUAUAUUUAUAACAUAUUCUCAGCAUGAGUUGUAGGUCUUUGAAAUACCAGUUAGAAAUGGGGGUGGACGCUGCCGUACCCUGUAUUUACCAUUGUAGGCUAAAUGUCCUCUCAACUCUGGCUUGAAAGUGUUAAGCUCAUAAAAGUGUGAAUAUGGUAAUACUCUUGAAACAUAACCAUUACUACCGUGUGAUGCUUGUCAUUUUGCCUGGGCGAUUACAGUGGAGCGUAAGCGUCUGAAUCUGCGUUUUUUUCUCCGAUCGGUGCCUCGGCCGUGAGCGCGGACCCAAAAACACGCCGCGUCGACGACGCUCUCCUCGUUUUCUGAGUCUCUGAGACGUGCUCUGUGAACAGCCCGCGGGUAGGGUGCGCGCCAGCGUGGAGUCGUGCUUUCUCUGCGGCCUCUCCCACUCUCCUCUUGACCUCACAGGCUGCGCUGGCAGAUUGUGUGUUUGGGAGGGGGGUUUGUUUGGGUAAACAUACUUUUCGCUGAAAGAACAUUUCACUCGGCUGAGGUUUUUUGACAAAGAUGCUAUCGAUCAUCAGAUUUUUUAUUUAUUUUAUUUUUUUUAUUUUUUUUUUACUUUCUGCACUUUCUGUCUUGUUCUCUCCUGAAGCCUAUGUUUAUACACAAGCAUACAGUAUAUACUGUACUAAUAUACACUAUGCUGUACAAAUUUAUGUCUGACUAUAUUCACACAGUGCAGCAUCACAAUAUUUCCUUGUAUCAUUAAUAACUAUGCACUAUAGAAUGUUAUCCCAGUAUGUAUAGAAACACAAUGCAUGACCUUCCACUCCAAAUUGCACAUGAUCUAUGUAUUUGUUUUUAUUUUGCACUGCAUAACAUUUAUGUCAAUGUUCUGUAGUGCUAUAUUUUACACUGCUCCAAUAUUAUAUUCAGACAAAAGAGCUCUUCAAAGUGUAUGUUAUAUAGGCCUAUGUAAUAUGUGUUAUGAUAUCAUUAUCUGUCUGCAUAGGAUUUAAUUUAAAACAGUAUUUUCACUGCAGUCAUUGAAUUUCUUGGAUGUGGUGCAACAGACAAAUAUUAAAUGUAGUUUGAUAAAAUUGUCCCUGCUAUUGUUAGGCGCCUUACGGAUUCACUUCUGCAGGACGAAGCAUGAUGCCAGGGAGCACUGUAAUGCAGUGUUAUCCACCGUUUUUAGUCAUUAUUCAUCAUUAUUGAGCUUGUACACGCAAACACGUCCACCGGUCAGCUGAACACUUUCACUUUCUCCACUCUAGUCAUUUUGGAAAGAGUGAAUGGUUAAAUCAUUCAAGAGAGCAACUAUAGAAGUUGUGUGUUGACAUAAUUAAUUACGCGGUGUUACUUCUUUCCAUUUCUCCUGUAUCACAUUUAACUUGUUUGCUGCUUAACAGCUUUUGAAUGUCUCCACCUCUUAUACCUGUGUCGCUGGAGCCAUUUUCUAAGCCCCACUCGAUUUUCUGAAGAAAUGCCCUGAAGUUACCUUUAGCUAAUGUAAAGAGGGUCAGUGGGAUGGCAUACAAAAAUCCAUUGGUCUCUACUAUAAUGGAUAAAAUGUCCGUUGGCAUCUCACUGUACAAGAACAUCUUUCACUGAAUAGACAUACAGCCCUGCUGUUUGUGGUUUUCUUGUAAGCAUGGAUACAAAAGAGAGCUUUUUACUAUUAACUGCAUGAAAUUGUGUGAUCAUUUCGUAUUGAGGGAAAAUAGCUAUCCGUGUUCCAAUUGAAGGAUAUGCCUUCUUUGAAUGACUUUGGGCAAACCUUGAAGGGAAAAUGUAUAUUUACAGUAUCCUUAAACUCCUUUUUGUAUCCUUGUUCCAUCUUCAAUACUACUUUGCUCUUUACAAAAUGCUUUAUGUAAUCACAGCAUCAUUCACAUUGACAUAAAGUACCAAAGGCUCUUCGAUUAAAAUAAGUUUGCAGUAUUUUUGUAUGUCCUAUACCCCUUUAAUAAAAGCUUUACAAAACCA